GGGGUUUACUACAGCAGAUCAUCAUCUCACAUUGGGAACUUGCUCAUCCUUUUCUAUCCCAGUGGAAACCAAUCUUUCCCCCCUGAUCCUGGAAGCAUCAAGUAUAUAUAUCAGUUCAGAGACUCUUUCAUCUUUGCAGUCCAAAGGCAGCAUCCACUGACCACAGGGAAGAAGGAGAGCAUGGAUCCAUUCACUCAGUACCCUCACUUCCUGGCCAAACUGUACUCCUCCAUGCUCAAAGAGACCUUAGAAAGCAUAAGAUGCUCCUGGGUGUCUGGUCAUUAUGCACACUGGGCUGUCUCAAGUGACACUGCAGUUGUUUGUUCUCUGUGCAGGGUGAGAUCAUAG